AUGCCAUCUUCUCCAACUCCACUUCGAUCGUCUUCCUCAAUCAGUACAUCGUCAUCAUGGCCAUCCGCGUCGACUCAGACAUCCAUCCAUGAGCAAACUCCUCCAAUCAUCCGAGUAGCAAUCGUUGGCGGCGGGCUUGGGGGCCUAACUUUGGCGCAGAUUUUGCAUUGCGCUCCCAAUGUGCAAGUCACCGUCUACGAGCGAAGUAUAGAUGAGAUCGAAAGGCUCUCCGGCUACCGUGUGAUGCUCUCGUCUUUCGUGUUAAAGAAGCUGCAGGCCACACUCCACAAGGAUGUAUGGGACCGGGUUGCCGCGAGUAUUGGGGUGCAGCCACAAUGUGGGCAGGAAUUGACUUUUUUUAAGAGUGAUGGUCGGAAAAUGUUGGCAUUCGAGGCCGACGAGAUCCGUGAUACCUAUUCCGUGAACCGAUGGCUGCUCCGAAACGCGCUUCUGUAUGGAAGCCAUGAUUUUGCAAUCUUUGGCAAGACUUUCCAGGCAUAUGAAAAUUUACCGAACGGUGGAAUGAUGGUACAUUUUAACGAUGGCAGCAGGGUGGAAUGCGAUCUGCUGGUUGGAGCUGAUGGAAUAGGUUCAAGGGUCAGAAAACAAUUAGUGCCAGAUGCUAGGAUCACCGAGCCAUGGCUGGCUAUCAUAUACUUCAAGAUCCCACUAACACCAGUCACUGAGAAUCUAUUACUUACGCAAUCUAUGACUAGGGCCUUCUGUCACCGAAAUCAGAACAUCUUCAUCCACUCAUGGACGAAUCCAAGGAAGCACUGGGCAACUCUAUACGAUGAAUAUGACAUUGGUAUGGAUGAGUCAUUUAUUAUGUUUGGAUACGGCAGCCCCUGCGACGAGUUCUCGAAUAAGAGUAAACCGCCAGGCGAACUUUCAUCGGAGGAGCUCAAAGUCGAAUGUCUCGAACGUGUCCGAGCCGAUCCGAAAAUGCACCCCAGUUUCAUAGCCUUAGCAGAACAAUUAAUCAUCAAUACCGCACAUAUUCAUAUUGUGCGGGACUGUAAAGCAAUCAAACGAUGGAAUUCGGGUUCUGUAACACUCAUAGGAGAUUCUGUUUUCAGCAUAUCCACAGUACUCGGCAAGGGCGCGAACUGUGCGAUGCUCGAUGCAAUAGACCUCGCAGAAGCCUUGCAACUGCCGCAAAUAUUCAAUCCAUCUAUACGAUCUCACGAAUUGCAGCAAGCUGGGGCUAGAAAUGUGAAGCGGAGACUAAAGGAGAGACAGCGAGGAGCUCUCAUUCAGAAUAUUAUAUAUUCUGGAAACAACAAGAUGAAGGAGCUCUGUCGCGAUCUGGGAUUGAAACUAGCGUUUGAGUGGAUCGACGACCCGCGGGCGACGAAUUUCCAUUCAGGAAAGAAGCGGUGCCCAGAAAAAGUCGAAAGAAGUUAA